GACUACUCUUCAUGUCACGAAGUUGGGGGAAAAUUUGAAUUCAAUAUGGCGGAUGAUGACCUACUUUAAAAUGAAAUUGAAUAUGUUUUGAAAAAUGCUGCUUGUUAAAAAUUGGACUUGAUGGAAGAAGAUACAUAAUUUUAACAGAAAAAUGGCUGAUUUUGGAGAUUUGACAAACGAGGAAGUGAUCAGCAGAUACGGGUUAGACAAGGAUGGCAUUUUGUUUCUAACUGAACUGCUAAGAGAAGAUCUGCAGCCGAAAACUGAGAGGAAAAAUACCAUCACACUUUUACAGAAAGUUAAGAUUGCUUUAAGGUACUUUGCAUCUGGAGAGAUUCAAUUAAAUGAUGCAGAUAUUCAUGGCAUAUCACAGUCAUCUGUGUCUAGAGUUAUUUCACAAGUAAUACAUGCAUUGAGCAGACCUCAUAUUGUACAAACAUACAUAAAAUUUCCCAAAACACAACAAGAAUUACAAGAUUUGGAAAGGCAAUUUUAUGGCACAGCCAGCUUCCCCAAUGUGUUUGGUGUUAUAGAUGGCACUCAUGUGCAGAUACAAGGACCAACACAGAACAAAGGGGUGUAUGUUAACAGAAUGAACUAUCAUAGCAUCAAUACUCAGGUUGUUUUUGAUCCCAAUGAUAGAAUAAUAGAUAUAGUGGCAAGAUGGCCGGGAUCUGUGCCCGAUAGCAGAAUUUUGAGGGAGAGUGGUGUGUGGGCAUUAAUGGAAGGUGGUCAUUUACCACCUGGUGACCACUAUCUAUUAGGUGAUAGUGGUUAUCCCUGUGAAAGAUGGCUCCUCACCCCUUACCUUAAUCCCCAGCAAGGAUCUCAAACUCAGUAUAACAGUGCACAUAAAUCAACAAGAGCUAAAGUUGAGAGAGGCAUUGGCCAACUGAAAGGGCGCUGGGGUGUCUUACAUUCCGAGAUUAAAAUGAAUCCAGAGAAAGUAUGCAAACUGAUUGUAUGUUGUGGAGUAUUGCACAACUUAUGCAAAUCCAGAAAUAUUCCAAUGCCAUUAGAUAUUUUGCAUAAUGAUCACAAUCAACCUCCAACUAUAGUGCAUAGUGGUCCUCAGGAUGGUUUGAAGUACAGAGACUAUGUUGCAGAAACUUACUUUUGAAAGUUGGUGAAGUUCUUGUUUCGAAUUACAACAUAUCUCACAGUGAUUAGUAGAUUUUGUUGUGAAGUACUUGCUUUUUGUACUCACUGGCAACGGAGACCUGCAAAUAAUAUAAUUCAGUUUGCUUGUUAAUCAACACAAACUUUACUGAAACUAUAUUUUGUGCUUCCCGAAUAGAAGAGAGCCUAACGUCGUCACCUUUUCCGCCGGCCGUUACAUGUGUCCUGCAGAUCCCUAUUUGAACUUGACAUAUUGAUAAAGACAAGUGAGAAGAAGUGACUUAUCAAAGAAUCAUACUUGCACCUUACUGAACUUUUUUAAUUUAACUCUACUGAUUAUAAUAUACUUAACACCGGCUGUCCAGAUAUGAUUUUAAGCUAUCAAUUAUAUUUCAAUGUAACUUCACACAACAAUAGUAGGUGCGGGGAUACCAGUGAGAAGAAUUGCAGUAUAAUUGAAACUUCAGCUUCACUUAAUUUUUUUUAUUAUCUCCCUAAAGUAUCAAGAAUUAUACUACUUGAAAAAAAACUUGGACAUGGUAUAAAGAGAGUAGUAUAAACAGUUUGUCUACAAAUGAAUAAAGAAUACCAUACUAGUGUCUGAUAUAACAAUAUUUAUCAGGCAAGGCUUAGAAAAAAGAAAAGAGGGCAAGGUUGUGCUGAGGCUGUUCAUUUUUACGUGCCGAGCCUGGUAAAUUUGAUUGAAUCAGGCAAGUUCUAUCCUAUUGGCAGUGAUAUGCCAAAUUCAUAUCAUUUUUUUUUUUAAAUCUAUUUGAUUCAGAGUUGUUAAGUUAAUAUUUUCAAACUAGUAAGAGGUAAAAAUAUUCCAUUCUCUUCAUUUUAUUUCAAUAUGUAUUGAUGAGGUAUCUGAUAAAGUUGAAGGUGACUGAUAAAGCCAAAUUUAUCAGGCAUGCACUUGAUCAUCAGAAAUGAAUGUAAUGACAUUUAUUUGCAUUUUUAUAUUUAUAAAAUUAAGUUUGACUAUUUCUGAUACAAUAUUAGUAAUUAAGACAUUAAUGUCAUUACCUGGUUCCUACAACAACUUCCUCAGACUGCACCUCUUGCUCUGGCAGCUGGACAGUAGUUUCAGAACUGUUAAAAUAUACAAAGUAAUUCAUAGUUAGAUAUAGACAUAGAAAUUAUUA